GAGAAAAGAGCCGGCGAGAGAGGGCAAGAGAGAAGAGGAAAGAGAGCGAGAGAGUGGGGGAAAGAAGGAAGGAAGGAGGAGAGGAGAGGAGAGGAGAUUGACCGCGCUGCCCGGCCCACGCCGCAGGUCCGUAGCCCCCCCCCAUCCCAGACGGCACGAUGGCACCCACGCUGGCCACAGCCCACCGGCGGCGAUGGUGGAUGGCCUGCACCGCCGUGUUGGAAAACCUGCUCUUCUCCGCCGUGCUGCUGGGCUGGGGAUCACUGCUGCUCAUGCUCAAGUCCGAGGGCUUCUACUCCUACAUGUGUCAGGAGCCCGAGAAUGCCACCAACAACAGUGCGCCGGGCAGCAACAGCACGGAGGCAGAGCUGGUGCUACGCAUGAACGGCUGGCUGAUCUGCAAAGACCAGGACGAGAUGCUGAACCUGGCCUUCACCGUUGGCUCCUUCCUGCUCAGCGCCAUCUCCCUGCCGCUCGGUAUCGCCAUGGACAAGUACGGGCCCCGCAAGUUGCGGCUCAUCGGCAGCACCUGCUUCGCUUUGUCCUGCCUGCUGAUCGCCUACGGUGCCAGUAACCCUGACGAGCUCUCCGUCCUCAUCUUCAUCGCCCUCUCCCUCAACGGCUUUGGAGGCAUGUGUAUGACGUUCACCUCUCUCACGUUACCGAACAUGUUUGGAGACCUGAGGUCCACCUUCAUCGCCCUGAUGAUCGGAUCCUAUGCAUCAUCAGCUGUGACCUUCCCCGGCAUCAAGGUGAUCUAUGACCUGGGGGCGCCAUUUAUCACCAUCCUGACGGUGUGGGCGGCUUGCGGGGGUCUGGUCUUUGUCAACUGCCUCCUCAACUGGCCCCUGGAGCCUUUCCCCGGCCCAGAGGAUAUGGACUACACUGUGAAGAUCAAGUUCAGCUGGCUAGGAUUUGACCACAAGAUCACGGGCAAGCAGUUCUACCGCCAGGUGACGACGGUGGGCCGGCGGCUGAGCCUGGGCAACACCAUGAAGCCGCAGGAGCAGCUUUGUGUGCAGGACGGCAACAAGCUCUGCCUCUCCACCGUCGACCUGGAAGUCAAGUGCCAGAGCCAGGAGAAAGAUUCCACCUCGUUCAUGCAGAGCAUCUUCAGCCCCAUCUACAUGCUGAGCCUGGUCACCAUGUGCGUCACGCAGCUCCGCCUCAUCUUCUACAUGGGCGCCAUGAACAACAUCCUGGAGUACCUGGUGGAUGGAGACAUUAUCACCGAGAUGGAGACGGUCAGCAUGUACUCCUCCAUCUUCGGGGUGCUGCAGCUGCUGUGUCUGAUGACAGCCCCGGUCAUCGGCUACAUCAUGGACUGGAAGCUGAGGGACUGUGAGGACAGCAACUCGCAGGACAAGGACAGCAACAGCAGCAACACGCCGGUGGGGGGGAAGCGUGACCGUAAGGUGCAGAAGAUCACCAACGCCACACGGGCCUUCGCCUUCACCAACGUGCUGCUGGUGGGCUUCGGUAUCACCUGCCUGAUCCCCAACCUGCCCCUACAGAUCCUCUCCUUCAUUCUCCACACCAUCGUCCGUGGCUUCAUCCACUCGGCAGUGGGGGGGCUGUACGCCGCCGUGUACCCGUCCACGCAGUUCGGCAGCUUGACGGGUAUGCAGUCCCUCGUCAGCGCUCUCUUCGCCCUGCUGCAGCAACCCCUCUUCCUGGCAAUGAUGGGGCCACUGCAGGGAGAUCCUCUCUGGGUAAGGAACACAGUGAAGCCCCCUCUACACCCCAGGCCGGGUGUGUCUGAGUUGGGGCAUCUGCUUCUGUACCUCCUGUCCGAUGGUAGCUGUGAGAAGAGGGCACGGCCCGGAUGGUGGAUACCCUAG